AUGCACGGCGUCAGGAGAUCGCGCAUCCCGCCGGUCGCGGAUUCGGCAGAGGUCGAGCGGAAGAAGCGCGAGAAGGAGCAGAAGCGGGUCGACGAGUAUCGCAGUCUGCUGCAGGCAGUCCAGCAGAAGGCAGCAUCCAAAGAGUACACGCAAGAAGCGCUCGACCUCACGACGCGGUUGCUCUCGUUCAAUCCCGAGCUUCAGACGGGAUGGGGCAUCAGGCGGCGAAUCCUGCUCAACGGGCUGCUCAAGGAUGCUGACGCCGAGACGCGACAACGGAUCCUCGAAGGCGACCUUCAGCUCACAAUGGCGUCCCUCCAGCAGAAUCCGAAAGUGUACUGUCUGUGGGAGCACCGCAAGUGGGUCUUGGAGACUAUGCCAGAUGCAGACUGGGGCUGGGAGAUCAAGAUGGUCGAGAUGUAUCUCGAAAAGGACGCGCGCAACUUCCACAGCUGGGAUUACCGGCGGUACCUCGUCUCCUCCAUCCUCGCCCUGCCUUCCGAUCCCUCCUCCUCUCGCUCGAAACCUCUCCCUCGACCAACGACCGAGUCGGAACUCGCCUUCACGACGCGCAAGAUCUCUGCCAACUUCAGCAAUUUCAGCGCCUGGCAUUACCGAACGAAGCUGUUGACGAAGCUGUGGGACGAGAAAGGCUGGGGACCUGAUGCGAAAGAGCGGUUGGAGCGAGUAGAUCAGGAGUUCGAGCUUGUCAAGCAGGCAAUCUGGUCAGAUCCAAACGACCAGAGCGCGUGGCUGUAUCACCGGUGGCUUCUUGGCGAAGGCACGAUGCCCCUCGUUCGGCGAGAGAUCGAGGGAAUCGACGAGCUACUCGAAGAAGAGCCCGACAGCCGAUGGUGCCUCGACUCGCUCGUCCACUACAAGCGGCUGCUCGUCCGGCUACUCGAGGCAGAAGGUGACGCGACUCGGUCUGAGCGGGAGGAGCUCAAUCUGGCCUGUGUCGAGAUGCUCGGCAAACUGAAGGAGGUGGACCCGAUGCGGAGAGCGCGGUAUCAGGACUUAUGUCUCCAGAUCUUGCCAGCACGACGAUGA